AUGUCAAGUUUAAAAAAACAAAGCUCAAUGUCACCAGCAAUCGCUUCAUCCUCAACUACAAACAACACUAUUGAUACUGCUAACCAGAUAGAAGAAAAUACAAACAUUGUAAAGUCAAUGAAAGAAACUUCGGUGAUUAUUGCAUUUUGUGAAAAAUUUGGUUCGCUCUUGAAGGGAAUUGAAUUUUGGCCAGAGGAACUUGAGUAUGCACUCGCACAAGAAGCACAGAGUGAACUGGUAGAAAAGAUACAUUGUGCAUUUCUAACUAAUUGUUUAAAUCGAAAGAGACUCAUAGAAGGAAAUGCAUGGAAAAAAAUCUUGUCAGAAACUAUUGAUAAAAAAAUUAAAAUGAAUAAUCAAUUCUAUCAAAAUUAUAAUCCCUUACGACAAGUCAACGACUAUUAUGAACUUGAUGUUGAAGAUAAAUCUAAUGUAAUACGAGAAGCCAUUUUUCAAAUCGGAAGAAAGGUUCGCAAUAAUGAUAUUGAUGUUUUGCCAUUUGGCGAAGAUAAAAAAGGACGCGGAUACUAUUAUUUUGGAAAGGGUGCAAGAAUUUAUCGUGAAACCACCAUCAUAAACAAAAGUAAAAAUCAAAAAAAAAUUAUUUGGGAGCCAAUAACAACCACACUUGAAGAAUUAGAAAACUAUAUCAAUAAUUCAAACGAGUUAAAGGCUUCAGCGGGAAAAGACAAACAACUUCGAAAUAAAAUUAAUAAUGAACUUAUUCCAAAAAUAAAACAGGAUAUUGAAGCAAAAGAGAAGCUUAAUGCAAAAAGAAUUCGUAAAGAAAAAAACGCACAACGUUUAGCAGAUACACUUGCAAAUAUUGAAAUCAUAUCAAGCAGGACACGUAGUGGUGCUAGAAGGGCAGCAGGUCUUGAUAAUAACACAUCAAGUACACGAAAUGACGACAAUUAUGUUACGUCUUCGAGUCAUUACAUGACAAGAUCUAAAAGAGUAUGUGAAAAUGAUAAAAUUGUAACUAAACGAAGAUAUGAAGAAAUUGCUGACGAAGAAGACAAAAACGACGGCUUUGAAGAGGAAGUAGUAGAAGAAGAUAGCAACACCAAUUAUGUUGAUGAUAAUUAUAUACUCAAUAAUAACACCACAAGUACCACUAGUAGAAGGAGAAAAAUAGAUGUUUCAAAUAACACCGAUAAUAACAUUAAUAAUAGUGUAAACGCAGUUUCAGUUGUAAUUAGUCCCGUCGAUACUAGUGAAAUAAUGACAGAACCCAUGAGUCGUUCGAUCUCUACAAGUUCCACCGCCUCCACAACUAGUAAUGGAUCAAAAGAAACAACAGGCACAGAAUCAUCUGUUCCCGAAUCCGUUAGCUCCAGAUAUAAGGAAAUAUUUGGAUCAGAAUCUGAAGUGGAACCCUCGGAACCCGAUGAAUAUGUAGUCUCUGAACCAGGAUCAAAUGACGAUGACGACGAAGACGAAGACACCGAAUCAGGCGAUUCAAGAAAAAACAAUAUAUUACCACCACCUGACAUAGAUUAUGCUACUCCUCCUAAAGAUAGUUUGAUUGAAGAUUUGAGGUUUGCACUUGAACAUGCUGGUGACUUAUAUGCUGAUGUAGCUUGGGAAUUCACAUUCACACUUGAUCAAACCAUUAUUUUUGCUCAUAAAGCAAUUUUAUAUGCAAGAAGUUCACGUUCAUUUCAAGAACGUUUUCUAAAAAAUAGAGAUUCAAAUGGAAUGUCCAUAAAAUCGGUCAGGUUGUCAAAUCUAGACUCCCUAAUUGACGCAAUAAUUGUUAAAACAGAUGCCGAUCCUAUUUUAUUUCAACAAGAAUUAAACUUUUUUUAUACUGGUGAGGAAGGUAGCGAGGAAUUUUUGGCAGCUGUAGACACAACAGAUGAAUUGGAACAGGAUAAAUUAAAGGAAGAUUUAAUAUACAUGUACAAAUCAAAAUUGUACACCGACAUUGAAAUAAUUUUGGAGUAUCCACCACAAGAUAACCUAGAAAUCAUAAGUGAAGAGGACGAAGAGUUAGAUUUAGUUAGAUCGGUGACUUUUAAAGCCCAUAAAUUCAUGUUAGCGGCAAGAUCUGAAUAUUUUAGGGAGAUUUUAAGCUCUUCAAAUCCUAUGGAUCCCAAGGCUGCUACCAUAUAUCUGGACACUUCAAUAUUCAGCCAAACUGCUUUUAAUAUGAUACUUGAAUAUAUUUAUACUGGUAAUUUACAAUAUUCAUUAACUUUAGAAACCUGUGAAUGGAUCUGGGUGGGUUCUUAUUAUUUAGGGAUAAAGAAUCUUUGCGAAGAUUGUAUUCAUAGAAUCGCAACAAGACUUCAUUAUUUCACAUGUACUUGUUCCGAGUGUCAAAUUGCUAUGCCCAGUGUUGCUGCUUUUGCAAAAGAAUACGAUGUUAAGAAAUUAUGGCAGGGUUGUUUACACGUUUUAACAAAAGGCUUUGAUAUUAUGUGGCCUCAUAAGAAUUUUGCUGAACUUGAUGGGAUAGUAAGGGAAGAAAUAUUGCUGGCACUCGUGACAAACAUUCAAAAUAGUGAUAUCAUGUCAAUAUUUAAAGGUUGUAGGAAAAUCAUAUCAACAAUCAAUGUCAAAAAUAUAACGGAUUCCCCUUGGAUAGGGGUAGUGCGCAAAAUGACUAAACAAGUGAAAUCUUCUGCCAUAAAGGUAUUAGUAGAAAAUUUUGAACAGGUAUGUAAUGAGGGACAUGAAUUUUUGGAUUGUGUUGAUGGAGUUGGUUAUAGUCAUGGAUUUUUAGAGGACAUUAUGUCAGGUGUUGUACAUGAAGGCUUGAAUGAACAGAAUUCUGCUAAAGUACUUAAAAGCAUAUCAAGUAAAUUAUUAACUAGACCUGCUGUUAUUAAUGCAAAAAGUAUUGAGACAAAAAGAAUAUUGGUUGAAUCAAAACAAUAUGUGUUUGAAUACAUGAAAAGACAUUGUUUGAAUAUAAGACAAAAUGGUGGUUUUAAAUUGUUAAACUCUUGGCUGCUAGAAGAAUUUUCACACAGUCUUGGCGUUAGUACUCAAGAACUACUGACAGUCGCCAAUCCAUCACAAACACACCAUAAUUUAAAGAACCGAAUAUCGCCUAGACCAAGUUUAUCAAGUUUGAGAAGCAUUUCUUCAAAAGAAACUAAAAUUUCGCCAAUAAUAAUAACUUCACCAAUAACGGGCGUUUUAUCAACAACACCAGACGACGAUCUAUCAAUAAUAACAAAUGAAGAAAUCAAUGAAAUAUUUGAAAGAUCUGCAAUUAUUGGUAGUGCAACUUCUUCGACACUUUUUCCGCGCCCAACUCGUGCUAGUAUAUUACGACAAAAAGCAUUAGAGGAUGCAAAAAAUCCUAUAAAACCCAGACCAAAAUCAACACCUAAACAAAAAUCAUUAUCACUAUUAACAACAACCCCGACAAAAACAUCACCAAUUAGUUCAAAUAAGUCAAUAAAUGGUCCAUCUAUCAGAUCAUCUAAAUCAACUUCAAAUCUCAAAGUUCCUAAUGGGUCAAGCUCAUCAAGAACAUCAAGAGGGCGCUCUCCCAACAAAAAAAGAGUAAGGCAAACAAGGUCUAGUAUAUUGCGACAAAUGAAAUAUGAUAAUACAGAUCAAAAACGUGGACGUGAUAGAGAACGCAGCGGUAUCUCACCAAACUCAUCAAGAGCAAAUUCUAUAGUAUCUGUAUCAUCGGUCACAAGCAACGCAACAACAACAUCAUCACAUCAUCAACGUAGAAAGCGAUCGCCAUCACGAAAUUCACAAGCAGCAUCCAUUGUCUCACCAUUUUCGGGUAAUUUAGUUACCAGUAUACAACCCAAGCCAUUUCAAAUCAAGUUUGCCACAUCUCUCAAUCCUGAUAUUUCGAUUGGUAGGCGUGUUAUAAUUCCAACCAAGGGUAAUGCAUCCGGUACCAUACAAUUUUUGGGUGAGACUGAAUUUGCCAAAGGUAUUUGGGUUGGAGUAGAAUUGGAUGAUUCUGAAUAA